UCAUAUCGGGUUCGUUAUUCUUGAAAUUAUUAACUCGGUCAAGGUCGAUCGUCUGGCUGAGGCUGGUGAAGAGAGGGGGAUGGCCGAACAAGAAAAGACACCGUGGCCGAACAACCGAGAAGACUAUGAACUAAAAGACGUUAUUGGGGCUGGAGCAACAGCGGUGGUCCAAGCUGCCGUCUGCAAACCAAGAAAUGAGAGAGUAGCCGUCAAACGAAUCAACCUGGAAAAAUGCAACACCACAGUCGAGGAGUUGCUGAAAGAGAUUCAGGCUAUGAGCCAGUGUAAGCAUGAGAAUGUGGUGGGGUACUACACAUCGUUUGUCGUCAAAGAAGAACUCUGGGUCAUCAUGAAGCUUUGUAGCGGAGGUUCCAUGUUGGAUAUCAUAAAGAGCCGGAUGAAAUCCGGACCAUGUAAGAAUGGAGUGAUGGAUGAGGCGUCCAUUGCUACGGUUUUGAAAGAAGUGUUGAAGGGUCUGGACUAUUUCCACAACAAUGGACAGAUACACAGAGACAUCAAAGCCGGAAAUAUUUUGUUGGGAGACGAUGGGGCUGUCUAUAUUGCAGAUUUCGGGGUGAGUGCGUGGUUAGCGACCGGCAAGGACAUCACCAGAGACACCGUGAGGCACACCUUUGUUGGGACACCCUGUUGGAUGGCCCCAGAGGUCAUGGAGCAGGUGACAGGCUACGACUUUAAGGCAGACAUCUGGAGUUUCGGAAUUACGGCAAUUGAGCUGGCGACUGGUACCGCCCCUUAUCAUAAAUAUCCUCCAAUGAAAGUCUUGAUGUUGACACUGCAGAACGAACCACCAAAUCUGGACACCAAUGCGGAGGAUAAGGAACAAUACAAGGGGUACUCCAAAAUAUUCCGUAAGAUGAUCAAUGAAUGUCUGCGAAAGGAACCAGACAAGAGACCAACUGCAAAACAACUUUUAAAACAUGAGUUCUUCAAGAAAGCAAAGGACAAGCAAUACCUGGUGAAGUCCUUAAUAUCAGAGGGCGUGUCUGUGAAACCCCAGAAAGUGAAGAGGGUCCCGGGCUCUAGUGGAAAACUUCAUAAGAAUGAGGAAGGAGAAUGGGAGUGGUCAGAUGAUGAGAUGGAUCCAGAUGAACAUGGGAAUGAGGACACGGUUACUUCAUCAUCAUCGGUCACUGGCAACAAUGCGACAGUGAAAGAGAAACCGGACGCCACCCCGACGCCGUCUGUGGAGUCGGUGGCAUCUGAGGCUUCCUCUGCUGCAUCCACUGCGACACUGGUCAAUGAAACCACUGUAACAGAACCCAGCCCUGCAAAAGAAACUGCUCCUGCUGCUCCUGAACAGGCCCCAGCCCCGGCCCCGGCCCCCGCCCCACAGGUUGAGGCCCCACAAGGUGCAGUGCCACUGAAUUUAGUGCUGAGACUCAGGAAUGAAAAGAGAGAACUUAAUGAUAUAAAAUUUGAAUUUACAAUUGGACAAGAUACAGCUGAUAGUGUGUCCAGAGAAAUGGUGGAAGCUGGUCUCGUAAAUGGAAAGGACAUGAUUGUCGUUGCUGCCAAUUUACAGAAAAUUCAGGACAACCCUGACCUGAAGAAUGUAACCUUUGCUUUAAACUCUGGCUGUGGAUCAAAUGAGGCACCCUGUGACAAGACAUUGAUUGGCUUCGCACAAUUAUCAAUAAACGACGGAUCUGUGGCACCACUACAGUAGUCCGGGUUACCCAGAAGCUUCUGUGAUACUCUAUUAUCAAGUGCUGUGCCAAGCAGAGACAAGACUAGGAUUGAUCAAUUCUCAAUAUAUAUUACGACUUCUAAUUGACACAUAUUGUGUUAAUUUGUAAUUAUAUGCAGUCUUUCUUUUUUGUUGUUACUGUCAUCCAUGAGUGGUUAAGCAAAAGUACAAUCAGUCAGUGAUGAAAUUGUAUUGCUGCAUUUACUACAGUUAUUGUACUAGUAAUUGACCAAAGUUAACCAAAGUGAAUGAAAUAAGGCAUGAUUUUUUUUAAUCCAUGCAUGCAAUUGAAAUUAGAUAUUUAUUUUUUUUACACUUGUAUAAGAAUUCUUUUAAGUGCUCUGAAAUUAUAAUGCACAAACCUCUUUUUUUUGUAAAAAAAAAUAUGAAACUCACAUUUUAAGAAUAUGCUUCAAGGUUCUGUUUUAAAAAAGAUUGGCAAUGAUGAUAAUUGAGGAAUUUAAUAAUGACAGAAAUUUUAUAUUUUUUUCAUAAUAGUUGUGUGAAUAAACACAUUAUGCCUCUUUCUAUUAAAAAAAAAAAUAAUGCAUUAAUUUUACCACUUAGUAGUGCAUUUGAGAAAAGUUUUUUAAGUUUGACGAUUGCAAAUAUAACAAUUUUCUCUCUUAAACAAAGAACAAGCUAGGGGAAAAUUAGGAUUUUUUAGGGUUCAAAACUUGAAUAUGCAAAUUUAUUUCUUUAAAAAUAAGAGCUGCAUGUAUAAUAAGUCAUAAGGAUAUUGAAUGCAGAUUUUUUUUUUCAAGCUUUACAUCUUGUAAGGUCUAGUACUUUAAACUCAACUUUUUUUAAUUACAAACUUAUUGUUUAUUUGAGGGGGCUGGAUGUUUAUGGCCAUUUUUAGACUUUAAUAAUCUCCUGGAAAUGAAGAACUUUAUAUAAAGAUACAGGAAAGUAUUCAAAUUUUACACCUCAAACAUUUUGAAUGUUUUUCUUUACAGAAUAAUAUAGUUUGUAGCUAAAUGUUUUGUUUAAAAUUUUAAAGGUAGAUGAAAUGGGUAAUUUGUUGAGAAUUCAGCCUUUUUAAAGCUAAUUUUUCUUUUAUUGAAAAAAUGAACAAUUAUUUUGGAUAAUCAUUUUAAAUAUUUAUCAAAAUUUAAAAACUUACUCGCUACAGUGGAUAAGUUUACACCUCUGUCUAAAUAUAAGCAUUAAAACUAGAAGUCUUCCUCUUCGGUACAUGUACAUUUUGCAAUUUUUUUUGUAGACAUACCGUAAUAUGAAGUUUUUGUAUUCAGUUAUUGGUCCAUGCAUGCAAUCUUCUUGAAAUUAGAUAAAUUUAUUUUCUUCACAACUGACCUUUGGCAUUUUGCAAAACAAGAAUCACUCGAAUUUGUUUGUUUAUUGAUUAAAGCCCUCUUAUAUGCACAAUUGAAUUCCACUUACAUUCAAUUAUAUCUCAAGAAACUCUUUACUGUUUGGAAAUAGGAAACUAAA